AAAUUAAUUACACAAAUAAUAAAUCAGCACGAAAAAAUGUCAAUAUAUGUUAAUACAGCAAAAUGCUGAUAAAAUGCAAGCAAUCUGUUUUUAAUCUGUUAUUCAUUCUUUCACGUCGUAUUGUUCGUCACCAUAUAAAUCUUAUGUAAACAAUACCAAAUGUAAAAAGGUAAACAGGUUAUUUCAGGUUAUAUAAAGGCAGCCACGGACUAAAUGUUUAUUACAUUCAGUCACACCAUCCAACGAAUAACAUACAUAUAAUCAAAAUGUAUCGCUUCCUUUUGGCUUUGUUCGUCAUCAUGGCAACCUAUUUUGUUUUAACCCAGGCGAACUGUCCAGCCAACGAAGUGUGGAAUGACUGCGGUACUGCCUGCCCGCUAACUUGCGAGGAUCCUAAUCCUAGAAUUUGCACAUUGGAAUGCGUUCCAGGCUGUGAGUGUGUAGAUGGAUAUGUUAGAAACGAGUACCAAAAAUGUGUUGAACUAGAUGAUUGUUAAUGGGACAAAAAAAAUUAAUUUCUCUGGAGACAAUGUAAAAGGAUUAUUACUCUGACUAUUAUUCAAUUAUUUUCACAAAAAUUUCUUUUCGUUGAAUAGAAGUGUAUCUAAUAUUCUAUUUCAUAUAUGCAGAAAUGAAAUAAAAAAGAUUAAUUUAUAUGCAAA